AUGUUGAGCAAUAAUACCCCUAAUAAGAGAAAAAACACAUUUGAUGACACAAUCAUCAAUAUUUCAUCCGAUUCCAAUUCUGAUAAUUAUGAUUAUCAAACUGAUAUUCCAACAAUUGAAAUUUCAUCUCUGCAGAGAAAUAACGCAACUGAAGAACAAGGAAUGAUUCACGAGAAAGCUAUGAAUGUUGGAAGCAGUACUCCUAAAAGAAAGAGCAAUAUUACUGCACAACAAGACACUCCAUCAAAACAUGGCUUCAACGGAGAGAAUAAUGGUGUCUUUGGAAGAGAAUUAAGAGGAAAUAAGACUCCUAAUAAGAAAGUUGGGGGAUUUAAGGAAAGUAGACAAGAGGAAAAGAGUACUGUUCAACAAAAAGGAUUGUUAACCCCAGAGAAGAAGCGGAUGAAGAAAUCACCUGUUCCUCUUAUUAAUCUUAGCAGUACUGAUGACGAUAUUGAAGAAGAAACAUCGUAUGAGGAACCACAAAGAGUAAUUCGGGGAGGAAUGUCAGCUGAGAUGAAAUUAGAAAAUUAUGGGGACUAUUUGAAAUCUCUUGCUAUGAUGAUUGUCCAUCAAAAAUUGCUUCCAAAAGGAUGGAUGAAAGGGCCUGAGAAGAAUUCAAUUUGGGUUUGGAUAGGUGACCGCCUUGACUUGUAA